UUUCAGCGAUGUCGUUGUUAGCACGCAUUUUGACUAGUCGAUCAUCCAAUAACAUUAUCGGAAAGUCAUCACUUCUUACUGGUCCACCAUUCGGUAGCAACAUGAAGGAAGCGUUUGCAUCUUUUAAAAUUCCUCGAAUAACGGAUGCUAUAAAAAGGCGUUUGGUACUUGGAGUUUCACUGUCACAUCAGUUAACACCAGCACAGCGUCGAACAAUCGGAGCGUGGUUGUUGGGAUGUGCUGGAAUGGUUUACGGAGCAGUUGCUUUGGGAGGUAUCACAAGAUUAACAGAAUCAGGACUGAGUAUGGUCAACUGGGAUUUGUUCCGUACGAUGAAACCGCCAUGGAGUAAGGAAGAGUGGGAAACCGAAUUCGAACGUUAUAAGCAGUUUCCAGAGUAUAAAUUCAAAAGUAGUAAUGAAGAGAUGACGUUAGCAGAAUUCAAAUUUAUUUGGACAAUGGAAUACAUUCAUCGGAUGUGGGGACGAACGUUGGGCAUCAUUUUCCUAGUUCCAUGUGCAUUUUUCUGGGCAAAAGGUCGUUUCUCUUCUGCAAUGAAAAAAAGAAUGUUUAUUGCUGGUACUCUGAUUUGUUUACAGGGACUCAUUGGUUGGUGGAUGGUGAAAUCAGGAUUGGAUCCAAAGAACAAUUCUAACAAAGAAAUACCUCGUGUUUCAGAAUAUCGUUUAGCCACUCAUCUGACACUAGCUUUUGUUCUUUACACCGUGUUUUUGUGGACUGGUCUCUCACAUAUUUUUACGCCCCAUGAUCACACAACUGUUAACAAAAUUGGACGAUUGCGUGGUAUGACACAUUUUUCGAAAACAAUGAUAAUUCUGACCGCAGUGAUGGGAGCUUUCGUUGCGGGCUUGGAUGCAGGAUUAGUUUACAAUUCAUGGCCGAAAUAUGCGGGGAGCUGGCUCCCAGAAGAUUUAUGGUUUAAAGAUCCGAAGUGGCGCAAUAUCUUCGAAAAUCCAGCAACUGCCCAAUUCAUGCAUCGAAAUAUGGCUUACUUAACAUUACUUUCGGUAACGCUCACAUGGCUUUUUGGAUGUCGUAUGCUUCUUAGUCGGCGUGCCAAAAUUGCAUUACAUUCACUGAUGGGUUUGAUAUACCUGCAGGCAGUUAUAGGGAUAGCUACUCUGGUACACUAUGUGCCAGUCUAUUUGGGUGCCAUGCAUCAGAAUAUAUCGAUGGCUGUGAUAACAUCUGCUUUUUGGCUUUCAAAUGAAAUCCGUCGUGUUCCAAAGUAAGGGAUUGUUGGAUCAUUGUUACGGCGGUAAAUAUCUUCGACUCAAAGAUGAAUGACCACUUACAGUACUGCAGAUUUCCGGAAAUGGGACUUUAGUGGUAUGAAUUGAAGCUAGGUGCUUUUGUCAACAAACUAAUUAAUUUGUGAUAUCUUUUAUUCUCUGGGAUUAUUUGCUUAUAAUGUAUAUUUUAUAUUGUUACUGUCAUACUGUUGUUGUUGUACUCAAGCAAUAUUUUUAGCUUUCAUAGUUGACUACAUUCCUGUUUGUCUUGUCAUUUAAAUUUGUUUUAAUGAACUUUUUCUAG